UCAUUGUCACCUCGGAAAAUGGUUUCGGCAUCGCUCAGUGUUAUUUUCGAGUAAUACGCAGGAUCCAAUAUAGGCUUUCCUUCCUGUAUUUCAAAAAAAAAGCGUUAUUCUUCGUUAGAAAAAUAAAUCCAACAGAUACACGGACCAUUCGGGGAAAGAGAAUGCUGGAACGUAAUAACGCGAGGAUUUAAAACAACAACACGUAACGACGAAUUGCUGAAUGUUCGAAUUUGCAACUUUCAGUCGAUAAUACCUCGGUGAGGUGCGUAAAGUGCGAUUACUCAAUUGCUACGUCGGGAAAGUUUUUGCAUUUCGGGAGACGUCUCGGUACUUGGAUUUCGGGAUCGUGACUUCUCAGGAAACUGUCCCACUCUUCGAAUCUCGGUUCUUUGUCGAAUUUCUUUCUUUUCCUGGGCAACGAAAGUGGAAUUCUCCAUCUAUAAAUUGCGGGUCCGCGCGUAUUCAAACAACUGAACGAAGAUACACGCAUGACAUGACAGAAUUCGCACGCUUGUGCGACGUUCCGAUGUAUAGUUCGUACGCCAUUGUAAAUUUAAAACAUCUCAGUGAUACCGUACGAAGAGACGAGAAGGCCACCACGAUCUAAAUUUACACCGUGAAUAAUCCUCAAUGCAUAUAUACUAACGCGCGUCAUGAUUAGCGUUCGAAGAAUUACGUGAGUAAUGAGUUUCGUGUAAAAUUGCGGAUUAACCUAUUCUAUCGGACACUAAUUAGCUUCUGAACCUGAUUUACACGUAUACUGGAAUGUUAACCUUUAAAUGCAUAGUGUUGCAAAUUUGCAACAUAUUUAUUUUUCUUCUUUGUCGAGAUCAAAGGUACACCUAAACGUGGAAGACCAAAUUCUUCCUUAAAACGAAAUAUACAAUCCAAAAGGCUCAAAGGCAAUGCUCAACAUAUGCCUCAGAUUUUUUUAAAUAUUUUUCUCAUUUUCUGGGACUACUAAUGAACCUAAAAAAAAUGCAUGCAUUUAAGGGUUAAUUUAUCCCUCUAAUUUCAUAAUUAUAUAACUUGUAUAGAUAAUUCGCGUGCCGUUAGAUAAGACACGUCAAUUAUUAUAUGUUGCUAAAUUGAAAGUAUUCCCUCAUUCGGCCCGUAUCUUUCUCUUUCGUCUCGCACAUAAAAUCACAAAAUUGAGGAGAAAUAGGGGAAGAGGUACAGGGAUUGGCAGGGAUACAAUGAUUAACAUAUCAGCACAUUUAAACGCCAAGCACUAACUGCUAUCAUCGGAUGUGCAGCUGAUGAUGACAAGGGAGAAAGCGGUCUAUUGAAGACAACUGGUUAAGUUGCACUAUUGAUUAACUCAUCAGGUUGCAAUCAGAGACCGUCGAUACACUGAUAUGUGUGGGCAGUGCAUUACUUAGUAAACAAUUUAAUAGCGCAACUUAAAUAUUAAGUUUCGGUUAUUAAUUAGUUCUACAUUGCGACAUAUUUCUUUAUUUAAUAUAUUUCUAAUGAAUGCUAAUUGCUGUGAUAAGUAUGCCAAUCAUUAUGACGAGUCCCAAUUAUUGUUAUUUUUGUUAAUUCAAUUCGAUAUUUUAUUUUAAGCAAGAUAUAUUUUAUUAUUCCAAUAUAACUAUGUAUUUUUGUAGCAUAGAAUCUUAUCUAAUUUUUACAAAAAGAACGAACUCUGCAAGUAUCAGAUUUGUAUCAAGAGACAGCUUUAAAUAGAAAUAUAUCCUAAAUAUCCUGCCAAAAUAUCAUUGUACCUCUUCCCCCAAAUGAAAGUAUCGCGAGUCAAAUUUCGAAACAGGAGCAUAGAAGUAUUGGCUGAAGGAGUUGCCAAACCAAAGGGAGCCGUGCCUAAAUUCGGUCUGCCGAAGUGGAAAACGAUGUCUCUGCAGCACAAGAUACCUGUGAUACCCAACGUGCCGAAGGACUCUUACAAUUUUACGCGAUGCAAAUUGGGAAAGAAAUUAUGGGCAGUCAGGCCGAAGGCCGAGUUUGAUCUGAGCGACCCUUACUGCUACCAGACCAACUUCGCUUAUGAACCCUUACACGACAAGCACCUAUUCGGAUUCUUCUCCAAGCCGGCUAAUAUUAAGUAUCUACUGGAAGCCGACUGUAUCACGGAAGAUAUGUACGUGAAAUGUACGCUGCGCGACUACAACGCGUACAGAGAAUAUUUGAGGAAGAUACACGUCAGUAGUGUCGGAAAGGAACUGAGGCGAAGGAACCGGCUGUUUGUCGAACAGAGAACCCUUUGUCGCACAGACGACCAGGCGCGAAAGGAGGCGAAGAGACUGAAGAAAGAAAAGUUGACCGAUGUUGGGGAGCUUUUCGCACAGCAACGAAAAUUAAAAUUGAAGAUGCGAAGGGAAAGAGAGCGCAAGGUGGCGCAGAGAUUAAAAGUAUUGCAGCUCAUCAGGCAAGAGAAGUGGAGGCUGAUUAAUAUCAAACGCGAGGAGCAAUAUGAGAAAAUUCAGCAAAAGUGCAAUUUCGUACGAAGCAAAAUGAUCAAGGUUUCGAUGGAGCGAAAAAAAAAGGAGAAAGUGCGAGCCAGAGCCAGGGGAAAGCGAUUUGUAGAUAUCGAACGACAAAAACAGCAAGACGCGGAGGAAAGGUGGAAGAGAAAACAUGACUUUCAAGAGGGAGACAUUGCGGAGCAGAAAAUGUUGUUGCAGUGCUUAAAUACCCGUCGUCAAUUAUUUAUAACGGAUUAUAAUAACAAGAUAAACGAGGAAAGAGCGAGAAUGGAAAGUAAGUAAUAAAAGGUCGAACGACUACAGGUGUAUUAAGCACUCUGUAAGAUUGCUUCCUAAAAUAUCUACAAAUAUAUCAGCGAUAUUUCGUUGUUAAUAUAUCGUACGUUAAAUAUAUAUCGUCCAAUGAUGAUGUUGAAUUAUCGGUUGUAAAGAUCUCUAUUGCGUAAUAAAAGAGAUAAAAUCUCUUAUAGCUACGUUUGAUCGGUUAUAAUGUAAUCUGGUGUGUUUACAGGACUCUUGGAGGAUAAGAAGUUAUUUACAAAUUGUUACAUAAGAAGG